UUGUGAUACUCACACUCAUCGAGCCCAUUACUUAGCAUGAUCUCAACUUUGUUAAUGAAUUCUGCAUGGUGUGCGCGAUCAUUUGACUAUGUGAGAUGUUUGGCAAAUUCCAUUGCCACUAGUUGAACGCCUGGGGGAACUUUUGAAAGACUAAACAUGUCAUCAGAUAAUGAGCAAGAUGUUAUUCCACCUACGCCACCAACUGAACAGGCUUGCUGUGCUGUUAGUUCACAACAGAAUAAGACAAAGAGAAAGAAGAAUGCUGCUUACAAAGCAAGGGAGAAGCAAUGGAGGACUGAAAAACGAAGGAUAGCAAGACAAAAGUCAAGGCAGGAGAAAGCAAGAAAAAAAUCCCCAUCAGAGACAGAGAAUGCAGAGCAAAAUCUGCAACAUCAGUCACUGCAACAGCAGCAGCAGCAGCAGCAAGAACAACAGCAAGAACAACAGCAGCAACAACAGCAGCAGCAACAGCAGCAACAACAACAGCAGCAACAGCAGCAGCCACAGCCAAAUCUGGAGCAACAGCAUGGACAGCUGCAACAACAGCUGAUGCAAAAACAACUGCAGCAAGGGAAUUCCCCCUGUUGUACAUCAGUCUCAAUACCACUUCAGGAGGACACAGAUGUACCUGCAGAGCCUGAAUGUUCCAAUGAAGAAGUGAAGAAACGGCACAAGAGGUUCCGAUGGCCUCAUGAGGUGAAAGAGCAGAAAAGAUUGUGUGCCCCACCAGAGCAGAGCCUGGAGGUUCAUCUCCAGAGAGAACAGGGGCACAACCAGGUUCUGGAGAGGCAGCUGGCUAAAGUGACAGCAGACUUCAUGGACUUAAAGCAGAGGCACUCCGGCUGCAUCCAUGAGAAAAUUAGGCCAGCUGUGUUGCAGAGGACGCUGACCAUGGUGGAAUCUGCAACACAGCUAGGAUCGGGAUACAGCUACUCGCAGCCGGAACUUGAUGAGGUGGAUUUUGAGGGGGUGAUUGAUAUUGAGGUAGAUUUCGGCAAGAAAAGAUUAUUUAAAGAGGAAAGUAGUAGUAGUUUGUAUAUAGUGCCAGAUAGUAACCCUACAACAUAUAUUAAGGAUUAUACCAGCAGGUUCAACACAGCAACACUGGAGUUCAAGGUUCUGAAAAUGAACAAGGACAUUGAAGGUGUUCAAAAGCCUGCUGGUGUAUAUAAAAAGGAGCGCCAAUGUCAUAUCCAUUGCUUGGUAACAACAUCCACUAAGAUCCCUAUGGAUUAUGACAGAAUGGUAACAGCCUCCAACAUAACCCAAUGGACUGAUGAUAGGCUCUCAAACAAGCAAUGGUUGCAGAUUAUUAUGGAUACUGCCAACGCCCUCAACGGGCUUCAUGACAAUGGCUUCAUCCACAACCAAAUGCGACCUGACAAUAUUCAGCUUGUGUAUGAUAGAGGUGGCAGCAUGGGAAACAUCCAUGCAGAAGUCAUUGACAUGUCUCUGUCCUGCAUGGAGACGUACGCACGCAAGCUUACAGAGUUGCAAGUGUAUUCACUGUCUUCAUAUGAGCUUACCUUUGUUGAUCCUAUGCUACUUAGACGGGAAACUCAUCCAAGCAAAGCUAGUGAUGUGUAUGCCUUUGGCCAGACCAUUCACCAGUUAGCUCUGCAUAAUGAUAUCCCCUACACGGUGAGGUGCCUUGCUGAUCAGUGCAUUGUAACCAACCCAUCAAAGAGACCCAGCAUGGAGCUUGUGUGUGAAAAACUAGAUUCACGAACUGUUAGAUGUUAGAAACAGUGUGUAUUAUUUAUUUGCUUAAUGAAUUAACAAACAUAUGUACAGUUAUAAUUAUUACUUUUUAAAAUAAUUUAUUGCCAAAGUGUUUCUCGACACUGGACAUUUUCAGAGUUUCAUCAAUAGCACUUUGUCCAAGGCUUUCAAAAGUAUUCGUAAUUUGUUUUCUCUCAGUGUGUGUCCAUUAUAUUAUUAGAUUCCUUAACAAGGAAAUAAAUGUGUGUUUGGGAGGUAUUAUAACACUCUGUUUAAGACCGG